AUGUCGCUUUCCGCUAUCUCAGAUAUCAAGCCCAGAGUCGUCUACCCUGAUAGUCCACCAACCGAUGAGCCUGUUCUCGAACCCGACCUCGGCAAGUACCCUUGGUUCGAGUUCGUCGUUCACCGGUGGUCGAAACGAACAGACCGCACUGGCGAGGAAGAGAAGGUGGUCGAGGACACCUUUAACGCAUUCAGCGAACUACCCGCAGAGUUCGAUGCUUGGUCGAAACCCUUGAAGCACGCCCCCCCGGAGUUCUUCCUCGGUUGGCCCUUAGAUAUGGACCUCGUCCGCUCUUAUGCCUUCAAGAACAACAUUGCUCAUUUUUGCAAUAGAGUGACGAACGAGGGCGUCAAAGUUAGGGGUGGCCACAAGCAGGCGCACGAGGUUACUCCCGACGACAUCCUGCAUAGGAAUAAGACCGUAUCGGAGAUGCAGUACCUCCUCAGGCCCAGAGCUAAGAUUGAGGAGGCGUAUGGUGUUCCAGAUGUCGAGGGUCGAUUCGGCGCGGUGUGGUCACUCUGCUCGAACUGGACACCCCCUGAUCAGCGCCCCAAGGCAGCGGAUAUUGCUAAGCUGCAGGAAGAGCUGGGGUACAAGGAAGGGCCGAAGUGGUAUAUGACCACGUUCGCGUGA